AUGAUUGAAAUUGGAUCACCAUUCUGUAACACAGCUCGAAAUUUUUUAAUGUCUAAUGUUGAAAUUGUCCAUCCUGAAUAACCACAAGACAUUUCUUCCCUUAGAGAAUCUGAAAAUGAAUUUGAAAAGUAAUUUAAAUUAGGAUCAGCACUUCACAUUUCAAGAGGUCAUUUAAAAAGAAAUGUUUAUAUAUUUGUAUUCUUUUAUAGGAGCAACGUAGAACUAAACAAUCCUUUUUUUCAUUGAUUAAAAUACAAUAAUUGGUUAACAGAUUUACAAAAAAUUUAAGGAAAAAUGCUAACUUAAGCACUAUAUUUCCAAAAUCACCUUACAUAGAUUAUUUAUUAAGAUCUGCUUAUAAAGGGAAUUAUGCAGCAUAAUAAAAUUCAAUAGUUAUAAUAUUAAAACUAAAAAUCAAAUUUAUUUGGGAGGUAUUGUUAUAUCUAAUUAAUUUUUUAUUAAUUUUAUUACUACCUUUCCAUUUUGAAACAAGUAAGAAUGAGAUUAUGAAGUUGAAUUUUUGUGUAUUUAGUUUAGAAAUGGGGAUUAAAUUUAUUUAAUCUUUUUAUUAUGAAGGUCGAUUGAUAAGAGGAAGAUAUGAAAUAAUUAAACAUUAUUUAUAAACUAGUUUCAUUUUAGACUUUAUAAGAGUAGCAAUUACAUUAUCAACAAUCUUAGAGAUUCCUGAUAGAGUGGAAGUAGAAAUAAUAAAGAAUUUAAUCUUAUAUUCUAUAUCCUUAUUUAAAUUGCAUUUGAAAUUUAUAAGUACAAAUUAUUGUAUUGUCAAAUUAACAGAAUUAAUAUGUUUAGUAUUGUUUAUUUGUCACUUUUUUACUUAAUAAAUGUUUUAUGAGGAGGAAAUUGAUUAUAUAUCUAGAUUUGGUAUGAGUUUGGAUAUUUUUUUGAGUAAUUCAGUAAAAAGAUUUAGAGAAGAAGAUCUAUAUUAAUUGUUAAAUAUUUUCUUUGAAAUAAUAUCAUUCAUAGUUAAGAUUUACAUAUUAUAAUAAAUAAUUAGUUAUUGUUUACUAAAUUAAGAGAAUAUGAAAAAGAAAAAAGAAUUAUUUGAUUUACAUGGACAUUUAAAAUAGUUAAAUGUAUCAAAUUUAAUUUCUAAUCGAGUAAUAUCUUAUUAUAAAACAAUAAUGAAAUAAGAUGAGAAAAUUAAGAUGCAAGAUUUUCAUAUCUUUUUUACUUAAAAAUUAAAACCAAAUUUAGCUUAAGAAUUGAAAUUAUAAAUAUAAGGAAAUUUCCUUAAGAAUUUUAAGGUAUUCAAUAAAUUUACUGUAUAAACAAUGAAAAAUUUAAUUUGUAAUAUGGAGGAAGUAGAUUUUAGUCCAAAUGAAAAGAUUUAUUGUAAAGAAGAACAAGAUGAUUAAUCUAUAUAUUUUAUUACAUAAGGAAAAGUAAUGAUAAUGUUUGGAAAUAGUGAAUUAUAAAUUUAUCAUGAAAAUUCUUCAUUUGGUGAGAUAAGUUUUUUUACAGGAUUACCAAGAGGAUUUACAGCAAUUAGUUUAGGAUAUUCAAGAUUAUAUAAAAUAAAAAGAGUUGCAUAUUUAAAUACUGUUAGUAGUAUAAAUUAAGAUUUGGUAAAUAAUUUUAUAAAUUUAGAGGAAACAGCUCAGAUGAUCAAAGACUAAAUUAUAUUUUAAUAAAAAUAUAAUAUAAUUGGAAGAAAAUGUAUAUGUUGUUAAGAUUAAAAUCAUUUAAUUUAAGAUUGUCCUUUUCUUCAUUAUAAACCAGAUAGAGAUAUAAUUUUGAGUAGAUUUAUAUAUCCAGUAAAAAUGCGUAGAAGCAAAUGUAAAAUGAAUUAAUUAAAUAAUAGAUGAUAGAAAAAGACUUCGUUAUUAGAAUGUAUUAAUAAAUUAAUUCUUUAAUCAUAUGAGAGCUUAAGAAUUUUAAGAAAAUAAUGAUUUAAAUAAUUUAGAAGAACAAUCUGAAAAUUAUUUAGUUGAUCCUUAAUCAUCAUCUUUUUCAGGUGAAUUUAAAAUGAAAAAUUCAUUAUUAUCUCCAGAUCCUAUUAUUGCAAUUUCAAUGAAUCAUAAGAAAAAUACUAUAGAUUCAGAAGAACAUUUUAGAAAAAAUAAAUAACCAUUUAUUCAUCCAAUUCCAGAAUAUAGUGAUGAGAUAUAAUCAUUUGCUUCUUCUGAUAUAUAAGCACCUUAAUUAAUAGAAAAUAAAUCAGAAGAACCUUAAAUAAGAAUAAUCUAAAAAUAAGUAAAACCAAAAGGUGAUUUAUUAAAAUCUUAAGGAAGUCAAUUAAGCAGAUCUAUUUCUUAAUAAUUAUUUUAAUAAAGAUCAAGAUCAUAAUCCUAGAAUGUUUUGGAUAUUUCUUAAAUACCUAAUAAUUAAAUAAAUAAAAAGUAGAUGCUUAGAUCAUUUUCUUAAUUGAGUUAUGAUGAUAAGACUUUUCAUAAAUAAAAAUCUAAAAGAACAAGUACUUCUCAAUAGAAUGGUUAAUCUUUAAUCUAAUUAUUUUAGAAUGAUUUGGUAUAUAUAUAAUAUAAUAAUUAGAAUCCAAUAUUAAUAGAUUUUAUAUAAUUAGAUUUAGAUAGAGGUUAUAAUUUUCUAACUUAUUUACCUUAAAAUAAUAUGAAAGUAAUAUUAAGAUAAUAUAAGUAUGUGAUUACUUAAAAAAGAAGCAAAUAUACCUUAAAUUAUGAAAUUAGUAAGAAACUAAGAAAAUUAACUAGAUUAUGA